AUGGCCAACAAGAUAGACAACUAUACCGCAAAUAUCGUGCGUCUUUCUCGAUUUCUCCCCGGAUACGACCAGCUCUCUGGAAACUCUACUGAGAAAGUGAGCGUUUCCCUCGUCGAUUUGGAAGAAAAUGGAAAUUUCCACGUUCACGAAUCCCAGUCUUGGGAUUCUAACUCAUCCCAACGGGAUCUUUCUGCCUGGCUUACUGGAGAAGCCAAUGGAGUGGCCACGAGAUACAUUUUGAUGGAGGACAUUAUCCCCUGGAUCUGCGCGCCAUUAGGGGCGACAUUCGACUUGGAUCCUCAAUUCUUCGUUGACCACAUGGGCAAUCAAGCUCCUACUGUUAGCUUAUGGGGAACCCCCAGAAGCGCUCAUUGGAACACUUGGAAUCUUCGCAAGCCAUAUCUCUCCUCUCGCUGGUAUCGACCUGUAGCCUAUCGGAAGCCCGUGGUCGGAGGAGAAAAAGGUGAAGUACAGGUAAAGCAGUUCCUGCCCAAUUCAAGCGUGUUCCGGUCCGAGUUGGACUUAUCCGAGCUCGUGGUUCCCGGCUUCCGGCCUGGCCGAAUUACAGCUAUUGAAGAGCGGGUGUCCAUCUACCACGUCGAGAAGGAUAGGCGCAGACAUGUGAUUAUAAUCUCGGAUCCAAUUCCGACAUGUCGUCAACAACGCUGGACCACAAUCCAUCACAAUCCUUUGCAUGAGACAGAACCUAGCAUCGCCCCAUUGGAGGCAGAAAUCCACAUCUCUACGUUAUAUAAAUGCCUGCGCACUUCGCUCAUUCUUGAGACUGUGUUAUCCACAACAUCAUGCCUCCGUGAUUAUGCUCAACGCCCAAUUCCAAAUGAACUGUUACUUGAGGAAUGCCUUUUCCAUAUAAUUGUCUCAGAUACUCAGGGCUUGCUUUAUCUACUUCACCACGUGCGAGGUACUAUUGUUACGGCGGUGGUCCCACAAAAUGCUGAACUCGAAGAUAUAUUUGCCCUACGGACAUUUAUUGCCAACAUUCAGUCGCAGGUGCCUGAUCUAAAGUCCGAGCUUGAGCAGGGCUUGGGAGCCCUGCUAGAACUGUUUCCAGCAGACGAAGCUCACCGCACAGCCAGUGCUCAAGUUAAAAUCCAGUUUGAGCACAUCAUCCUGGAUCUUAGCAGGUCUCUUGAUUCGAUUACAGGAGCAGUUCAAUUCAUGGAAAGCCAGAGAGCAAUUCUUGAGGCUGAGAGCAUCACCCGCUUGACGGAACUGGCGUUCUUCUUCAUUCCCCUUUCUUUUUCAGCCGCGCUAUUUUCAAUGCAGGUCCGGGAACUGUCCCAGCCUCUGCCACUGGCCUACUUCGUUGCUUUUGCCCUCUCACUCAGUGCAACCACAUAUACCCUGCGACUUGUUGUGCGCAGUUCGUGGAUGCAACGGAAGAAACAAGAAGUGUUAACCUCCGUCAGAAAACAUAGCUCUCUGCCUCCAAGCGCACGAGUAGCGAAUUCAGCUGUUAUUGCGUGGAUGAUUACCCAGGCGGUAGUCAAGCCUAUCGCUAGGAUGAUUAUCCAUGUUAUUUUCUCUGACUACAUCGGGGCUUUCUAUCAAGUGCGCUAUCUCGUGCUAGUGCUUACAGUCCUACUACCUUGCUUAGUAGCCCCCCCUCUUGCAGUUUUAUGGACUCGUCAGAUCAAUUUGGACCUCAAGAUCGGGCUGACAUUCGCCAUCUUGCUUCUUACGUUGUGUAUCCUUGCGCUGGUCAUUCUUGCCAUACCCACCACCCGAGAGCAGAUCAAAAGUUUGCUUCCAAGCCAGCCGCCAGACAGUCUUCCAAGGAAUACCAGCUCAAGAGAGCCAGAGCGACCAGACUUAGUACACAAGGGGACGGUCGCGCAGGGGACGAGUAGCCUGGUGUAUCUUUGA